GUUUGACUCUGGAAGCCCAACCCCUUGCCCGUGCGCCUCCCCCCACAGUUGGACUCCCGUCCUCAAUUUGCCUCUCCCAUCACCCCGAAACGCAUCUACCGCCUGUUGGACGGCCGUAGCUCGCGUCAUCAUCAUCUCUGGGAGAGACGGCACUCGCGUGCUCUGACGUUGUGAGACAGAGAGACAGGGCUUGAAAGGGGAGACGGGCAAGGACAGCAGACAACAUGGAGGUUCUCCAGAGCUCGGUUCAGCAAUAUGCCUGGGGCAAGAAAGGCUCCGACAGCGUGGUGGCCAAGCUCAAAGGCCUCGGAGACGCGGAGUACACGGUCAAGCCGGAGGAAAAUUACGCCGAGAUGUGGAUCGGGACUCAUCCCAGCGGGCCCAGCCGCGUUGUGAGAGACGGAAGUCCGGGGCCUCUGCUCAAGGAAAUUCUGGACGACAACCCGCAUGUACUGGGAGCAAUCCGGUGGAAGGGAGACCUCCCCUUUUUGUUCAAGGUUAUCUCCAUCAGCAAGGCUCUCAGCAUCCAGGCGCACCCCGAUAAGCGCUUGGCGGAAAGGCUGCACGCCGAGAGACCCGACGUGUACAAGGACGACAAUCACAAGCCCGAGAUGGCAGUGACUCUCUCGGACUUCGAGGGGCUCUGCGGAUUCAGACCGUUCUACGAAAUCGUCUGGAACCUGCACGCCUACCCCGAGCUGCGCAGCAUGGUUUCGUACGGUGCGUUGAAGGCGGUGUGCAAGGCCGGGGACGACGUCGAAAGGCAGCGGUCGGCGGUCAAGAAGCUCUUCGGGUCUUUCGUCAAGUGCGACAAGAACGUGGUCCGCACACAGGUGGCCGCCCUAGUCAGCCGGCUCGAGAAAAACUUCCCCGCCGAGGCGACCCCGGACGACGUCUCCGCCUCCAUGAACGGCCUCAAGGUAGACCAGGCGCCCGAGCCGCUGCGCGAAGUCCUCGCGGCCAAAACCGCCGCUGGACAAGACAAGGGUGGUGCCGACCCCGACGAGCAGAAGAUGCUCAACAAGAACCCUUCCAUGCACCUGGGAGGCUACGUCUUCAAGGGGGGGGAGCAGGGCGAGGCCCCGUCCCCUCCGCCUACCCUGGGCACCGUGCCGUCUUUUUCGGUGGGAAGCCCCUCCAGGGACGGAGCCGAUUGCGAUGCCAGCGUUUCGUCCCCUCCCGGAGCCGAGGAGAGAAAGCGCGCGGAGGACGUGCUCGCGGACGUGGAUAAGUCGGAGGAGAUCUUCGGGAAAGCUUUCAGGGGGGGGCCCAAGGCGGCGGCCGGGCUCAUGGCGCGGCUCCAGCGAGAGGACGCGGACUCGCAGCGCGUGAUGCUAAGGCUAUCGAAGGAGUAUCCGGGCGACCUCGGCAUCCUCAUGCCGCUCAUGCUCAACCUGCUGCAGCUGAAGCCGGGCCUGGCGUUCUUCAUGACCGUGGACGAGCCGCACGCCUACCUUCGCGGUGACAUUCUUGAGGUGAUGGCGUGCUCCAACAACGUUGUGCGAGCGGCCCUGACGCCCAAGUUCCGCGACGUUAACCUUCUCGUGGAGAUGCUCACGUACAACAUGGGUGCUCCUGCGGUGCUCCCCGCCGAAACCGUGGACGCGUGUCGCAAGCGCUACACACCGCCGAUCAACGACUUCGAAAUCCAGAUCCUCCAGGUCCCUGCGAAUGAGCGGUACGAGCUGGAGGCCAUGCCCGUGCCGGUGGUGAUGGUGGCCUUGGAGGGAGGGGACGGGGGACGCGUGAUCGAGAGCAAGACCGAUCGAGAGAUCAAGGCUUGCGAGGGCGGGGUGUUUUUCCUCCCGGCCUUCACGCCUGUUCAGGUGUGCUCCGGCCCUACGGGAGCGGGCAUCAAGAUGGCUCUCGCGCACACCAACCUGCACUGGGGGAUGCUUGCUGUUGCUCAAACAGCCGGCCACAAGCGACGCGCCUCUGCCGGCGUGGUAUCGGCGGACUACACUUCAACCGCUGAGGCUGUCCUCGAGGCGACGCGGCGCGGUUCCGCCAUAGCCCCGGCGUUCGCGUAGUGGCGUGGGUGACGGGGUUGGGGCAGCGUUUUUUGUUGCUGGGAGGGGCACGGCAAGGACUU